AUGUCUUCCCCAACUUCAACAUCCGACUUGGAAUCACAGGUCCACAAGGGAAAAGAAGUGGUGCAGGUUGUAGAGUUAGGAGAAGAAGAAAAGAAAUACGAGGUCGACCUGGAACCAAAUGAACAUCCCCAACAGCACACGUCAUUCAAAAAAUGGACCGUCAUUCUAGUUGUCGCCACUUCUGCUCUUUGUGUGACCUGCGCAUCUUCUGCAGCAUCUUUCACUGAAGCAGGAAUAGCAGCCGAAUUUCAUGUACCACAUGAAGUUACAAUACUGUCGAUUACCUUUUUCGUUGCAGGACUAGGCAUAGGCCCGCUGUUGACAGGUCCCCUCUCGGAGGUAUACGGUCGGAAUAUCAUAUACCGAGUAUCUUACAUCCUACUUUGUGCAUUCACGUUCGGAGUCGCUUUCGCUCCCGAUAUUGCCGUCCACCUGGUGUUCCGAUUUCUUACUGGUUUAUGCGGCUCCAGCUUUUUGAGUGUAUCGGGAGGAUCUGUCAGUGACAUGUUCGAAAACAAAGAGGUGGCGAAUCCUUUCAUAGGCCCGAAUACUAACUGGCGUUGGACAUACCGCGUGUUAAUCAUAUGGUCUUUCAUUCAGACAGUCGCUCUGUUCGCGUUAGUCCCAGAAACCUACGUCCCCGUGCUGAGAAAGUGGAAAGCUGCCAAGCUUCGAAGAUCCACGGGGGACGAGAAUUACUGGGCUCCCCUCGACAAAACUAACAUAUCUUUAGGUGAAGCAAUCCUCGUUAGCUGCUAUCGACCUUUUGAGCUUGUCAUUCGUGAACGCAUGGCACUUCUGUUGAACAUCUGGACAUCAUUGAUACUCGGGAUACUUUAUCUUGCUUUUCAAGCUUUCCCCGUCAUCUUCGAGAAACAUCACGGCUUUGAUACACAACAGACUGGGUUGACGUUUCUUGGAAUUGGACUAGGGAUGAUAAUCGGCUUGGCUACCCAACCAUUUUGGAAUAACUUCAUCGCCAAGGAAUCCGAGAAGAAUGGUGGGAUCUGUCCUCCUGAAGCUCGACUAUUUGCGGGUGAAGUUGGCGGUGUUCUAAUUCCUCUCAGUCUGUACUGGCUUGCCUUCACUACAUAUCCAUCGGUCCCUUGGAUUGUCCCCAUCAUCGCUUCAAUUCCCUUUGGUUCUGGAAUUUUCCUAGUCUUCACAUCCGUCUUCACCUACCUAGUAACUGCAUAUCGACCUAUUGCAGCAAGCGCAAUGGCUUCAAAUAGCGCCAUGCGGUCGUCCUUCGCUGCGGUAUUCCCUCUUUUUGCCGGAUAUAUGUACACUAGGCUAGGAACUGUGGGGGCGACAGCACUUCUGGCCGGAAUCAUGACAUUAACGGUCCCACUACCUUUUAUUUUCAGACGAAUUGGAGCAAAAUUACGUGCAAAUUCUCGGUUCGCUGCUUCUUGA